UCAGUCAAAUUUAUUAUUUCCCAACAACCGGUAAAUUUUAAAUUUAUGCCCAUCACUAGUCAAACCCAUCGACCAUCGACAAACCAAAGACAAAAUUGUUUUUUUUUUUCUUUGACAGAUUCUUUUUCUUGAACCGGUUGGAAUAUCAGAAAUGGCUCCACCACAGCCCAAGGCGGCGGCCAAGCCCGCUGCGGCUCCCGCCGGAGGUGUCAAGAAGGCCAAGGAGGCUGGCAAACCUAGGAAUUAUGACUUGGGCAAUGGCAUCGUCCGUUUCUCCAGGACUAAGAUGUUCCACAAGACUGCCAAGUACAAGUUUGUUGGCAAGAAGAACCCCAAGGCGCCCAAGCCCGCUAAGCCCGUAUCUGUAGAGAAGCAGAUUGGAGGUGAGAAGAACGGAGGAAAGCGUAUUGUGCUGCUCCAGCGCAGGAAAGCUUUCUACCCCACACAAGACAAAAUCCGCAAGCCGGACCACCACAAGUCGUUCAGCAAGCACGUGCGCCGCACGCGUCCCAACCUCACCCCGGGCACGGUCCUGAUCCUGCUCGCGGGCAGGCACGCCGGCAAGCGCGUUGUACUGCUCGGAGUGCUGCCCAGCGGCCUGCUGCUGGUCACCGGACCUUUUGCUUUCAACUCGUGCCCGCUGCGCCGCAUCCCUCAGCGCUACGUGAUCGGCACGUCCACCAAGCUGGACCUGGGCUCCUUCUCGCUGCCCGCGCACCUCGACGACGCCUACUUCAAGAAGAACAAGAAGAGCACCAAGCGCAGCGUCAAGCGGAAGGAGGGUGAAGACAUCUUCGCCGCUAAGAAGGAGAAGUACGUCCCCUCUGAGCAGCGCAAGACGGACCAGAAGUCCGUGGACGAGCUGGUGAUCAAGGCGAUCGGCGCGCGCGCGGACAAGAAGCUGCUGCGCGGCUACCUCAAGUCCAGCUUCGGCCUGCGCUCCAGCCAGUUCCCGCACAGGAUGCACUUCUAGAUCGAUAAGAGAAUAAACUUAUAAAAACUGA